AUGGCGAAUCAGAGUGAGAGUGGAGAAGAGAGGUACAAGCUGCAGAAACUGCGCCCCGAAGUGGAUGGUCUGUGCAACGAUUACGACGCCCUGGUCGACAGUCCUCUGGAUGAGAGGAAGGACCUGGAUAAUAUCUUCGAGGUCCUCAAAGAGAUCAGGAUCAAUAUCUCACCGCCGCAGCAAGUCGAUGGCAAGAAGGUAGACGACGACGGAGACAAGCUCCUUCCCCCGAGCAAGAGGGAGGAGCUGGGCAACCUGCUGCCCCUCAUCAGGGCUGCACUGGAGCAACGCAGCAAGCGGCCGCGUGGGCAGCAGGACGCUGCAGAGAGCUCUGCCGGCGGUGCCGACGACAGCAAGCCGGCGUCGUCGGCGACGACCGGCUGCAUCCCCUGCAAGCCCCGGGCGUCGAAGCAGCAGCAGCAAAGCAAGCAGGAGCAGGAAGAGAAAGAAGGCGUGUCACUGACGCUGCUGCUCCGGCUGACCAAGAACGUGCUGGAGCCGGAGCAGUACUACGAGUGGACGACCAGCUACGUGGACGAGGAGAGGAUCUACGGGUGGAACAAGGAGGCCGGCGAGGUGAUCGACGCCCUCGUGGCCCCCGAUGGCUCGGAGCGGAUGUUCCGGGCGGCGGGCAUCGCGGGCAUCCACGGCAGCGGCAAGACGGCGCUGGCGCAGAAGGUGUUCGUGCACGACAAGGCCAAGGACAACUUCGCGCUCCGCCUGUGGGUGUGCGUCGGCCCGCCGGACUCGGAGGACCGCUUCAACCUCCUCUACCGGAUGCUCGACAACCUCGGCCUCGACACCGCCAAGGUUGAGGGGAUCGUUGACAAAUCCAACGUCGUCACAAAAGCCAUCGAGAAGGAGACCGCUGCCGUCGACAAGGAACUCCGGGAGAAGGCGGCCAAGAUGGUGGCCGCAGCCACCGCCAAGAAGGAGACGCCAAAGGAGGAGGAGGAUCGCUUCUUGGAGCUGCUCAAGGAGAAGAUCGACAACAGCCGUGCCGUCGAGACAUCCAAAAUCGGUGUGCUGCUCUACAUCCUGAACAUGACCCUGUCCAAGACGUCGUACAUGAUCGUGUUCGACGACAUCCGGGCGUACCGCCACGACGACGACGACGUGCACACACACGGGUGCUGGUACAGCAACCUGACGCUGCCGCCGCCGGCGGAGGGCGAGUGGGGGGACCGCCUCGCCUACGGCCUGCCCAAGGGGGAGCACAGGGGCGCCGUGCUCGUCACCUGCCGCAAGGAGGACGACGCCAAGAUCAUGGCGCGCACGGGCCUCGUGGUCCGCCCGCCCAAGCUGGAAGGGGACGACGCCUGGAAGCUCUUCAGGAGGGAGUACGACCAGGCCAAGGACGACAAUCGAAAGGAGAAAGGCGGCAAGGUGGAGGAGGACCUGCUCCUCAAGCAGCUGGAGGAGAUGAAGGUGGAGAUCGUGAACAAGUGCCUCGGCCUGCCGGUGGCCAUCAUCGAGGCAGCCAGGGGCUUCGCAGGCCUGGACCCCUUGCCGGAUCUGCCGGAUGAUACUAGUCAACGGAAACUGAAAGAAGCUGCGGCAGAAGUUAAACCUGCACCUGCAGCAGCAGCAGCAGCAGCCGCUGGGGGUCACACUCGCACACAGAGCAGCGAGGGCAUCCAUCAGGCUGAAGAACAAGUAGCAGCAGCUGGAGCAGAAGAGGCUGCUGAUGAGUCUGAAUGA